AUGGAGCCUGUUAUACAAAUAAAGUCGGGAGCGACGAAAUGGGACAUUCGUCAGAAAGUUUGGGACUACAUCGAAGAAAAUAAUCUGGCCAACUUCCCCAGGCCUGUCCACAACAGAAUCCCAAAUUUCAAGGAUGCUUUCACAGCCUGUGCCAAGGUGUCUGAGCUGCAGGUGUUCACCGACGCCGCUGAGGUGAAGGUGGAUCCUGAUAAACCUCUUGAGGGGGCUCGUCUGGCAGUGCUACAGGCUCAGAAAACUCUAUUGGUCCCAACUCCUCGUCUUCGUACCGGCCUCUUCAAUAAUAUCACUCCUCCCCAGGGUGCCAGCAAAGAACAGCUACGCAUAUGCUCUUCCUCUCAGGGUGUAAAAGACUUCAGUGUGCCUGUUGGUCUGGAUGCGAAGGUGAAGGUAGACCUGGUGGUGGUCGGCUCUGUGGCGGUGUCAGAGAAAGGCUUGCGUAUCGGAAAAGGAGAGGGCUUUGCUGACUUGGAGUAUGGCAUGAUGGUCGCAAUGGGAGCUGUGGAUGAGUCUACUGUGGUGGUUACUAUUGUCCAUGACUGCCAGGUGAUGGACAUUCCAGAGGAGUUGAUCGAAAGUCAUGACCUGACUGUGGACUACAUCCUCACGCCCACCAGAGUUAUUGAAACAAAGUGCCAGAUCCCCAAACCCCAGGGGAUCAUCUGGACUAAGUUGGACCCAGAAAAGCUGGAGAAAAUCCCCAUCCUGAAGAAGCUGCGUGAUCUGGAGGAACAGUCUGGAAAGGACGUAACACUUGGGGUGGCCCCUGUUGCACCAGAGUCUGGCCUGCAGACCGGUCAAGCCAGGAGGCAAACCAGACGGAGGCCAAGGAGAAACAUACAGCAGGAUGAUGAGGGAGAAUACAAACAGGAGAAAAUAGUGGAUGGAGAUCAGAAAGCUAGACAGCGCCCAGCUAGAGUGAGGAAAGAUAGCAGAGGAGAGGGUGGGGGAGAUAAUGACAGAGAAUUCAAUAAGAGAGGAAAGGGAAGAAGAGGAGAUAACAUGAAGGAGAGGGGUCCAGAGGAGGGUGGGAGUGAAGUCGCGUCUCAACGUAAGCUCCCUCUGAGUGUGACCACAGUUUACCUGGGAGGAAUCCCUGCUGGGUUGCGUGUUAGUGAGCUGAAAACUGCCCUCAGAGAGAGGGAGGCCAUACCACUGAGGCUCACCUGGCAGGGAGCUCAACACAGGGCCUUCCUCGACUACAGCGACCCUGGGGCUGCAGAGGUGGCCCUGGAGGCUCUGCAGGAUCUCAGUCUGAAUGGCCACAGUCUGCAGGCUGAGCUGGCCAAGAGCCAGCGAGGAGGCAAGAGGUCCGGACAGUCCAAUCGGAGACAAAGACCAUCUACGGCUCCGGAAUCUAAAACUGCUCCUCCAGAUACUGAGAGUGACACCAAUGAAAAGGCUGAGCAGUAAUAGCAAUAAGCGAUACUCGGCCCAAGAAGUGUUUAUUGUGGAGCAACCUUAAAUGCCUUAAGAAGAAUUUUAGUUUGUGUUUUUAUAUUUUUGGAUUGAUUACAAGAGAACAUCAGUUAUUUGACAUCUAAAUUGACUGCUAAGGCUAACGAGCGUCACAAAAUAUGAAUUGAAUAUGCAAUUUUUGAAACAAAAUUUUUUCACUAAAAGGUAUUUUGUGCAUACAUUUCACAAUAAUUAACCGUACACCAAUGUGCCUGGUCACACACUCUCCUGCUGGUACGUGUGUCCCGACAGCCUUCAGUCCUUGAAGGUGCUUUUUUUUUUGAGUGAGUAGUUCUUAGAGAUGGACUACAGUUAAUUUCUCUUCAAACUAAAGACUAUCUACAGUCUGUGUUAAAAUACAAGCGUUGUGAAGUGUCCAGUACAUUUUGAUUUCCACAACCAGUUAUCAGUGUUACCUCCUCAGAGGGUUAUGUUUUCAGACCAGUUUGUCUGCUUGUUGAUAUCAAAACCAUUUAGCGAAGGCCAUGGGCCAAGUAUCUGGUUAGUUUUCGUUGUAGAUAGCGCCAACAUGGAGUCAUUUAGUUUAUACCAACAUGAUGAUUCAGAGGCCAGGAAGUGUAAAGUAAAAUGAAACGACCCUUGGUCUAACAAUUAUAUAUCCGUAUACGCCAUAACAAUUUUUUUGUUUUUUUUACAGCUCCAAAUUUCAUUUAAUCUUUCCACAAUCUGUAAUGUUUCUUCAUUGACCAUAAUUGCAUUAUUCUUUUCCUAUUCCGUUGCCAAAUUGUGAAAUGGCAAGGUGGCCCAUUUGACAUAAACUGCCAUAAAUCUUGAGACUAUUGUGAAGUUGCAACCAAAUUUAGAAGACGUGAACCUUUUAGCAAAUUGUAAUGCCAUUUCGAUUAAAGACUACAGCAACAUGAUGCCUUUAACUGGCCAGACUUUAGUUGUGGUGAUUCUGACUCAGUUGAAAAUUUGCAUAAUUCCUCCCACAUAACCCAGGAUUUUGGUGUUCCCUAGAAAACAACAUGUUUGUCCUUAAGUGUAUUUCGACUAGGUUAUCGUUCUAGCUUAUAGACAUCUAAACCUAUUUUAUUUCAAAAGAAGAAGAAAAAAAACUAAUUUAGAGCUUUGCGUAGCCUCGUUGGAGCUAUGCUUUUUGAUUUUUAUUGCUUAUUGUGCUUUGUACUUGCUUAGGUUCUUUUCAGAAUAGUUUGAAAAUAGACAUUGUACAUUUAAACGUUGAUAUUUGUACCUUUUUUGUUAAUGGAAAUGACACAUACAUGGCAUUCUGUUUGGUUAGGCCAGUUUGAGUAUGAUGCCAGCCAUUUAACAUUCAAGAGAUGCUACCAUGCCUGGCUGAACUGUUUGUAACACGUUCCUGUAUGACAUUCUUUACUAAAGCGUUUGACUGUACUGGUUCCAGCUUAGUGUCUUUUUAAAAAAAUCAAAUCUG